GGCUGUAGCGGCAGUAGCAGAAGCAGCAUCCAAGGGACUCCUGGAAGGGGAAGAGAGAGAGCGAGCGAGCGACUGACUCAGUCUUGCUGCAGAAAACUGACUCGAGACGACGGAGGCAGACAUGGAACAUCAGCUGCUGUGCUGCGAGGUGGAGACCAUCCGACGAGCCUACCUAGAUGCCAACCUCCUCAAUGACAGGGUGCUGCAGACAAUGCUGAAGGCGGAGGAGACCUGCUCGCCCUCCGUCUCCUACUUCAAGUGCGUGCAGAAAGAAAUCUUGCCAUAUAUGAGGAAAAUAGUUGCCACUUGGAUGUUGGAGGUUUGCGAGGAGCAGAAGUGCGAAGAGGAAGUUUUCCCCUUGGCUAUGAAUUACUUGGACAGAUUUUUGUCGUUUGAACCCCUCAAGAAAAGCCGAUUGCAAUUGCUCGGAGCUACCUGCAUGUUUGUGGCUUCAAAAAUGAAGGAAACUAUUCCUCUGACCGCAGAAAAACUGUGCAUUUAUACAGAUAACUCCAUCAGACCCGACGAAUUACUGCAAAUGGAGCUGCUUCUGGUGAAUAAGCUGAAAUGGAAUCUGGCUGCAAUGACCCCCCACGAUUUCAUUGAACAUUUCCUUACUAAAAUGCCUCUGGCAGAGGACACCAAGCAGAUCAUCCGUAAACAUGCUCAGACUUUUGUGGCUCUGUGCGCUACAGAUAUUAAAUUUAUUUCAAACCCACCUUCCAUGAUCGCAGCUGGCAGUGUGGUAGCAGCUGUGCAAGGCCUGCAUCUGGGGAACACUAACACUUUCCUCUCCUAUCAAUGCCUCACACAUUUCCUAUCACAAGUUAUCAAAUGUGAUCCGGAUUGUUUACGAGCCUGCCAAGAACAGAUUGAAUCCCUCCUUGAAUCCAGUCUACGUCAGGCACAGCAGCACAACGUAUCUUCAGAAACAAAGACUGUAGAGGAUGAAGCAGACCUUUCCUGCACACCUACUGAUGUGCGAGAUGUGAACAUUUAAGAGGACUUCUUCUAAUGGGUUUGCUUGGCAAGAAAAGCAGACAAAGAAAGGGCAUCUGAGAAGGAAUCAGCAUCAGGAUCUCCCCCCAGAAACCCUUUUCUCCAGGACAUUUUUAUACCAGAAGGGAAAACCAGUCUUGUUAUAUUUUUUUCUUGCUCUGUCUCCCUUCCAUCUGUGACUUCAAACAAACAAAUAAACAAAAAAUACCCCAAAAACUGUCUUAAAAGAAAAAAAUAGUAUUUGCAUUACCCCCAGGGGUUUGUGCUACAAAAAUAGAGGAUUUUAUACAAUAAUAAUCAACUAGUUUUUAUAUUAAAGUGUUCUUGUCUGUAUGUUGUAAAAAUAGGCAUUAACACACAAAAUGUCUCCAGGGGAGGUAUUAGAUUUGAUUUCUUACAUAUAAAACAAACCAACCAACCAUUUUUAAAGUAGAAGAGGGUUUU